CUUCGUGAUCGAUACAUCCUAUUCUGUUUCCAAGGCGGCGUGUCUAAUUGAACCAUUAUCCUUUCUCUCUCUCCUAAGAUUCACUUCAUUAUGCUUUCCAUCUUGCCCUGAUCCCUUUCAUCAUCAAUCAUCACCCUUUUCAUCGCUAAUGGUAGCACAAACACUUCGAUCGUACGACUAAAAAGAACAACAACAACAGCAUACACACCGAUACAUGUCAACAUAGUCCUUGUCGAUAAUUUAUACUCAACAUGACGUCUUUUUAGAGUAGAUAAAAAAACGAAACCUCGACUCUUUCAACAUGCAUUUGCACAGCCAAGCAGUAUCAGCUGUAGCCAAGGAUGUUUCUGCUUCUGGCAGUUCAUCCUGGUCAAAUGCAAGUACGAGUGGUAGUUCGAUACGGUUAACGAAAACGAUCUUAUCAAAAGUAAAAUCGCUUUUCACAUCACCAACUUCGAUGGCAGUUAUCCAAACGACAAAACAAGGCUUAUUGAUGAAAAGAAGUUAUGUCGACCAUAAUAGUCAAGAUAUUGUCGAUCUUUGCAUCUGUAUUGCGUCCAUCGUUGGUGGAUUGUCGAUCAUAAUACCGUAUUGCAUCAAUAGAAGGAGUAGAAAGCUAAGACAUUCUCUUAUUCUGGGUUUGGCAACUUCAGAUUUGGUGUCCAGUAUAAUCAUCACUGCAACAACGUCAUAUUUAGUCGCAGGUGGAAAUUUGGCCAGCGCAUCGAAAUUUUGCACUUUUGCCGGUUACAUCUUCUCAGCUUCUAUUUGGACUCAACAUCUUUGGAAUUUCAGCAUCGCAGUAAUCACAUAUAUGAUUCUCGUUCAUCCGCUUUCUUCUUUCGUCGGAAACGUAGAAAGACAUUUGAUUUGGCUUUGGCCAGCAUUUUGGUCUAUAGCUUUAAUCGCAAAUGGAAUCACCUGGAAGUAUGUCGGCUUUACGGACGUGGACGGAUAUUGCACAUACAAUCCUAACAGAGGAGGAGAAUACUUUUCACCCGUUUUCAACUUUGUUCCACGUGCAUUGGUGGUGAUUGUGAUUGUGGUUUUGUAUACCCAUUUAUUUUUCUUUUUGAGAAGGAUAAAUUUAUUCUCCGCAGUCACUUCAAGCGAUCGAUCAAGACGACUUUCAAGCGUUACAACAAGCAAUCAAGGUCAAAUACGUAACGUUUCUGAAACUUCCGCUCAUGCACGUCCAGCAAAAGGUGCAUUGGGAAGAAGUGCAUCUAAAAUUUUCUCAAACGUACGUAGGAAUCAUUCUGCUUUUACUACGACUCAACAUCCACCUUCUACAGCAGCAGAUAGUGAUGUGACAAAGAGAAACGGAAGUUCUUCCACUCAAGGCAAAGCUUCCACGGUUACGCCUACACUACCGCACUUGAACAAAGUGAACACUGUUCAAAUCAGUGACGCUACUACCACACCGGCAGAAGUGUCACCAAAAUCCAGAGUAUUGAACGAAGACGAAUCGGAAUUUGAACGUCAACAACAACAGCAUCCUUCAGCAAUGGCACAAAAGCCAAUCAGUUCUUCACCUUAUGCAUCCUUGCAACGUCCGGCCACCGCUACACUUUCGUAUCGACCAGCGGUGCCGAUGAUCAAUAUGCGUAGACCGGUCACUGCGCCUGAUUCACGUAAUGAAAGUCAAUCAGAAAUCGAUAUGGAAUCAUUGGAUGAUGAAGCAACCAAGCGAAGGAAUGAGUUGGGCAUCUUUGAUAAUUUGGACGGAGGAGAUAGUUCGGAUGAUUUGUUCAAACCGAUGGCCAUUCGUCGUGAUGUUCGUGAUUUCGGAAUGACAAGUCCACCACAAGAACAUCUUCGACAUGUUUCACUUUCAGCGGCAGGUGUAAAGAUGGCAAGAAAGGCAAGGACAGAAGAUACUUCGCCUAUUGAUUCAGGUGAAAGGCACUAUACUUACAGCGAACAAGGUAAUAGCAACGUUGCAAGUUCAGACGUUCCUGCUUCUGUCACAUAUGAAGAUUUACUUGGACCGGAAUGGCAAUGGGGCAUGGCUGUAAGUCAAGACGGAAAGCAACAACAACCGACUAUCAGAGGAUCGGACAGUAACGAUCGUCGAUCGCCUUCGGGUACAGCUGGUAGAAGGAGAUCUUCCCGUUGGCAUGUGUGGCCUGCCAACCGUGAAAGAGGAGUAGGAACGAACAGUUUUGGUAGUUCGACAGAAGAGAAUGGAGUCGAAGCGAUUGGAAGUACGCUGAACAGACAAGCGAGUGUACUUUUGUUACUCUAUCCGGCCGUUUACGUUUUGCUCUUCAGCGUUUCAAUCAUUCGAAUUAUUGUGGAUAUUAGUAAUGAAACCAAUAAUACGGUUGAUUUACGUAAAAACAGUGAUACUCUUCAUUCUAUUUCACGUUGGACAAUUUUUGCACAAGGAGCGAUUGAUGCACUCGUUUUCCAAUUGAUCGAAAGACAAUUCCGACGAAGAAUGAAGAGAAAGAGAAGGAUUGCAGCAGGUGAAAAAGUAGAAGAUGUUUGGUUGAUCAGAAUGCUAAAAAAAUUCAAUUCGAAGAAAAAAUCAACAGCAAAUAAAACAACUGCAAAAGAAUAAAGAUAAUUCAUAAUCAAUUAUAGCAGCAGAAGUAGGAGGAGGAAGAUGAUUGUUUAUAUACAAAUUGUAUUUUACCAUUGAUAUCCGCAACAGCACACUUUAUAUAUUCACACAUAUACUCGCAGAAGCACAUUCAUUUUAAUCGUGCUUUAUCAUAUCAUCUUAUUGACAUAUAUCCAAAAGCA